UCUUAUAAAUUUACGUUCUUUGAAAAUACGAAACAAUUAAAUCGUAAAUCGGACAAAAAUAAUCGUUUAAUUUAAUAAAAUGAUUAACCGCUGCAAUCCCUAAUCUAGAAACUAUCGUUUAAAAAACAGAAUUAAAAUAGUACAUGUCCGUCAAUAUUAAAUACAACUUCAUUUAGAUUGCGCUGAAGAUUUGCAAAAGGGGGCAAACGAAGAUCUCAAGCCACAAUCUGGAAUACAUAUAUACAUAAGUUCCAAAGUAGCCUCACAACACUGAAAACAGAAAUAAUGCCCGGGCACUCAUGUACCUUGUGUAAAACUACUUGGAAUAAUAAACUUUCAAUGUUUACUCCUCCAAUUGAUGAGCAUAUGAGAAGCGAGUGGGAAACUGCAUGUGGGGUGAAACUUUCACAACACUCUAGAAUAUGCUCCAUGCACUUCUACGCUAAGGACUUCAUUUCGGCAAAAUCGAAGCGUACAAAUUUGCACCCGGAAGCAGUCCCAUCACUGAAUCUGAAUUGCACCUCCGUUGAACGUUUGAAAUCUUCCGACAAUUUAAACAUAUUGCUUAGUUACAAAAAAAACCGCGCCACCAUGGAACAAUUGCUCUUUUUCGUGAAUUACGCCCGCAAGCAUCCGGAAAUGUUGACAUCUAAAUUUGGAAGUGUGAGCGAUUUAUGGGAAACAUUGGCGUUACAAUUAAAUUCAAUGGAUGGCGCAAAACGGACGGCUGAGAAAUGGAAGGAAACCAUGAGUACGUGGAGAAGCCAAUUGAAAUGUCGAGCACGGCGUGGACGAAGUAGUGGCGUACCAGAGUAUGAUCAGUUCGCUUUUGCAGACGAAGAAGAUGCUAGCCAAACGCCUAAACAAUUUAAAGAAACACCAGGAAAUGAGAGUGAGACUGAGAUCAUUACGGAACCUGAAAUAAAGAUAGAAAUUAAAUCAGAAAUAGACGACGAAAACUCAACCAACAUGAAUGAGGCUCGCUCAUUUACUCCAGAAGAGAAUUCCGAAACAGAAGUCACACUAGAUUUUGAAGAAGAGCUUUAUAUAAAAACUGAGGGCGACGAAAAUGCAACCAUUCUGCAAAAUACAUCCACUGAAUUGCUUGAUUUGCCAACAUUGGGCUUUUCGCAAACUUCGCGGUCAGACCAUUUUGUUAUUUCUCGCUCAACAACUACAAAUACCUCAAUGAAAUUCACAGAGGCCAGCAAUAACGGAAGUAUCCAACUUAUUUCCCGCGCCUCAAUUGCGGAUGAAUCCAAGAACUCGUCGGAAGAAGCGGCUAUAAAUAGAUGCGACGGUAUUCUUUCACAUCCCAUAGAAGUAAUGGAGGAGCCUUCCAAUAAGAACAGGGACACAUCUCUUGUUUGUCACCCAACAACAGCAUCCAUGGACAAGGCUUCACAAGGCUUGGAUGAGAUGAGCAUACAAAAAAAAAUUGUCCCUCCAGGUUCACAUCCACCUGCGGGCAAUAGGUUAAAAGUUAUCCAAUUGGAUAAUGGACUAUUAAAAAUAAUUGGAGCACCACGAGAAAAAACUACAUUGGAUACUCGACGGAUACAAAUAGUUGGAGCACCACAAGAAAAAACUACAUUGGACAGCGGACGGAGACAAAUAAUUGGUACUCCUCCGUUAGCAACUACUCUAGAUACCACUAGGGUACAAAUUAUUGGUGAGCCUCGACUAACCACUCCACUGGAUACACCUACGAAAGCUUCUGAACUAGUUGAAGAGGAAAUUUGUUGCACAGAAGAUUCUUUGCAACCUGCAUCAUCUUUACAUACUCCACGUGUACCUCAAGACCCGCCAAAUGUAUCGAGGAAGCGCAAGAUGACAUGUCUUAACGAAAUGUAUGAAACAGUUCUCGCAAGCAUGAAGAAACGAGAUGAGCGGGAAGAGCAAAUGUUAUCCGUUUUGCAGGGAUUGACUGUUGCGGUAACCAGAUUGGCGGAUAACGUAAAAAGAUGGGAGGAGGUGUUAUCAUCGUGUUCAAGCGAUUAGUAGAAAAAAGCUCUCAUCGAAUUGGACCAAAACGGCCUUCAUUUUGUGUGUGGCGCUCGCAAGUUGCAAAAAAUUUGAUGGAAAUCUGACUAAAAGUAAUCUUAAAUGGCACUGAAAA